GGGUUUUUUGUAACGCCAGUAGUACAGCAGGGCUCGCGAAGAGCGCAUUCGUUUGAAAAGGAAAGUCCAGUAAACUGUCCAAGAAUGGAUGAUGCACGCAAUUACUUCAACGAAGGUAUUCUUGAUCAUUUAAAGUAUUUAGAAGAAAUAGCUCAAAAACUGUCCCAGAAACAGCAAAAGUCUAUGCAGGAGCAAAGUAGAUUAUUGAAGCAAAAGGAGGACAUUGUAAAGCUGAGGUCGUACCGAGAUUCUCUUCGAAGUAAGCUUGCACAGAGACAGAUUACUGAAGCAUCCAUAAAUAUCAACCAAGAAGGAAAUCCAGAGCAAAAUCCAGUGUCCGAUUCAGAAGUAUCUGCUCAAUGGAACAAAGUUUCAGAGUUGCAGAACAUGUGCUCCAUCUACCAGAUGACUGGUGGAUGGAGUGUGGAGGAAUCAAAGCUGAAAAAGAGCCUUCAUUGUAGUCUCAUAACAGCUUAUGAAGGUGAAUUCUUGGAAACUUACUACAUGGACAUUUCCAUUUCUCAGCCAGUAACAAUCAAUCGUCACAAUUUACCACGUUGUAUUCAACUAGAACCUCUUGAAAAACAACAUCUCCAAAGCAACAUACAAAUGUUCUUCUAUUUGAUUCGCAAGCACCUUAAUGCCUAUGAAGGUAGGAGGUAUCAAGUACAACAGAUACAGGAGCAAUUUAUGGAUACUGUGGCUGUUGUAAAGAAUUCUUUGUACAGUGUGAUCAGCCUAAGUUACAGCUUCCUUUGUGAAGCAGUGGUGCAUCCAUUUGUCGUAUCUCUGGAAUAUGCUGACACUGAAAGCUGUCUACCUACCAGUGUCCAUGUUGACAGGACAGAUGCUGAUUCUACUCCUGUGGAAAAAGAGAAGUCCGAGCAUCACUCACUCUUCCUGCAGUCACCAGCACACAAAGUCUUGCAAAGUGUCAAAGCUGGACUGGUGAAGUCUAAUUCAGCAUUAUCUGAUCACAAAUAAAGACGACUUGUAAUCUAAAGAAAUAUUACUCAUUGAUGCAUUAGUCUUGUAAAGAACUUAAAGAAAAAAUAAAUGUUCACUCCAAACUAAAUACUUAAUGAUUUUUUUAACUUAUUCUGUUUUAAAGUUCAUCAAAAUUGUACCCUCGUAACUGUAUAAUCAAUACUGAAUUAUUGUUGUAUAGUAAAAAGAAUGGGGUAUGACAUGCGCCAAACUGGCACUAUACUCUUCUAUAUGAUACUUGUAUACAAGGCAUUCUGUAAUUAAAUUACAAUAGGUAAUCCUGAACAUUUCAUCAA